CGUUCCAAAGCUCCUACACGUUUAAAAGAUUAAGGAGAACUCCAAAAACUUGAAGCCUCAACCAAACAAAAACCUCUUUAAACCCAUCCUGCAAGAAUCCAAUUUUCUCUCCCUAAUUUUCACUUUCUUACCCACUCCUUUCUUUGUGAUUUCCGCCCCUCUGUCUUCUGUCUUCUCCUCUUUUCUUUUUAUAUAUAAUGGCAAUGCACACCUUUUUGUUCCUCUCCAUCUCCUCCAACUCUCAGCCAUGAAGAAUUCCGCCGCCGCCGCCGUCACCACAACCGCCACUACUGUUCCUACCCUUUACAAGCGCAAGAACAUCAAGCUUCCCCCGGUUGACAUGGUCAAUAAGACUGGUAAUAGUAAUGGUGUGCUCCAUUGUGUUUCGGGGUUUGACCCUUCUUUCUUGAAAUGGACGGUGCAUGAUGUGGUCAAUGUAGCUAAGCGUCAUUGGUUACCGUGCUUCUUUGCUCUUGGGUUGCUAUUUUUUAUGGGCGUGGAAUACACGCUCCGCAUGGUUCCGGCUUCAUCGCCGCCGUUUGACUUGGGAUUUGUUGCCACGCACCGCCUCCACCAGUUGCUUUCCUCCUCGCCUGCGCUCAACACUCUGUUGGCUGCUCUUAAUACGGUGUUUGUUGGUAUGCAAACAGCAUACAUAAUGUGGACAUGGCUAAUAGAGGGCAGGCCAAGAGCUACAAUCUCUGCUCUAUUCAUGUUCACUUGCCGAGGGAUUCUUGGUUUCUCCACUCAGCUUCCAGUACCUGAGGGAUUUCUAGGCUCAGGAGUGGACUUUCCAGUAGGGAAUGUGUCUUUCUUCCUGUUUUUCUCAGGCCAUGUUGCUGGUUCUGUGAUCGCAUCGCUGGAUAUGAGAAGAAUGGAGAGGUGGGAAUUGGCAUGGACAUUUGAUGUGCUUAAUGUUCUACAAGCUGUGAGGCUGCUUGGCACUAGGGGUCAUUAUACCAUUGAUUUAGCUGCUGGCGUGGGUGCUGGCUUUCUGUUUGAUUCACUAGCUGGGAAAUAUGAAGAAAGGAAGAGAAAGGAGGCUAUUACUACUGCUAAAGAAGCUUUUAUUUAGUCAAAAGAAGAAAAAAAAGGCCAAACUGUAAUCGUAGCCUGUAACCGUACUAUUGAAAUGUCAAAAGACUUAGUAUAAUGAAAAGAAGGCCUUAAAUGGUUUAGUCUA